AUGGAAAAAGAUGUGGUGGCUGCAAUUGGACCACAAUCGUCAACUAUCGGAGAUGUCAUCUCACAUGUCGUCAACGAGCUUCAAGUACCCCUCAUUUCAUUCGGAGCAAUCGACCCGACCCUCGCAGCUCUCCAAUACCCUUACUUCCUUCGUAUGACACAAAGCGAUUACUACCAGAUGUUCGUCAUAGCCGACCUCGUAGAAUACUUCGAAUACAAAGAAGUAAUCACCAUUUUUGUCGACGAUGAUUAUGGCAGAAAGGGGAUUUCAUUGUUAGGUGAUUCACUCUCCAAGAACCUAGCUAAGAUUUCUUACAAAGCAGAGUUUACACCAGGCGCAUCGGAAACAGACAUAAGCGAGCUAUUAACAUAA